CAGCAACUUCUCCAGCUGCCCCAAUGGCUCCAGCCAGUGGAUAUGGGACGUGUUUGGCGAGUGUGCCCAGGAUGGCUGGGACAAGGCCAGCGUGGGCCUGGGCUUGAUCUCCAUUUUCUGCUUUGCUGCGUCCACCCUCCCUAUCACAGCUGUCGGCCCCUGAGCACACGUCUCCCUCCUCCGCCACAGCCAGUACAUCAAGGCCUGCAAGACGGGCAACAUGGACCAGGCCCUGUCCCUGUGGUUCCUCCUGGGCUGGAUCGGCGGAGACUCCUGCAAUCUCAUUGGCUCCUUCCUUGCUGACCAGCUGCCCCUGCAGACCUACACAGCUGUGUAUUACGUCUUAGCCGACGUGCUGAUGCUGUCGCUGUACUUUCAUUACAAGUUUAAGAAACGCCCCUGUCUGUGGUCUGCCCCCAUCAAUUCUGUGCUGUUGUUCAUCUUGGGGGUGGCAUGUACCACCCCACUGCUGAGCAGCGCUGGCUCGGUGGCUGCCCCCAGGGAGGUCUUCCGGGGGCGGACGCUCUUGUCUGUGGAGCCAGGCAAUAAGCCCUUCACGCAGCAGGAAAUCAUUGGCUUCAUAAUCGGCUCCGUGUCCAGCAUGCUGUACCUGCUCUCCCGGCUGCCUCAGAUCCGCACCAAUUUCCUGCGGAAGUCGACCCAGGGGAUCUCCUACUCGCUGUUCGCCUUGGUGAUGCUGGGGAACACGCUGUAUGGGCUGAGCGUGCUGCUCAAGAACCCCGAGGUAGGCCAGAGCGAGGGCAGCUACGUGCUGCACCACCUGCCCUGGCUCGUGGGCAGCCUGGGCGUCCUGCUGCUCGACACCAUCGAUCUCCAUACAGUUCCUGAUAUACAGGGAUGCCGCCACCUCAUCAGAGCGCCAGCCACUCCUCCCCAGCUGAGCAGGGCCCAGGCCAAGCCCAGGAUGACAGGGACCUGCAGAUGCCACACUCAGGAAGGGAGAAGUAUGGGCAGUGAUGGUGCUGCUGACCCUGGGCUGGGCCGUGGAGGAAGCUGGGGGUGCCUAGAACUCCUGGCCCGACCGCCUACCCCCAACACCUCCGAAACCUCAUGAGCUGACCCUUCCGGAAGCCCUGACUGACGGACUCUUCCAGGAGCAGGUCAGCCCCCAGGGCCAGCCCAUGCCGCCUUGGGAUUCACCCCCAGGGUCUGAGGCAACUGUCCCUGGAGACUGAAGGGAGGAGCUGCAGCCGAGACCUCAGAAGAGGUCUGGGGACCUUCUGAGCUGCAGCUCAGAAGACAGUGCGGCCGCCCCUCGGCUCACCUACCUCAUUCUGCCUGCUUCCCCCACCCAACCGCCUGGGGAGGAGCCCAGCUCAGCCUGGUGCACCCUGGACUAUACAGUCGACUGCAGAUGGCCUAGUAAACGGUACUCCCAGUGAGGCCUGUUCUGGUGCUCUUUCCCCGAGGGGCCGGGCUCUGGGCUGCUCUGGGGAACGGUGAUGGAUGGGGAUCCGGAUCCCACCUACAGGUCCCAGGUGGGGGCCUAAGGGGUCAGGAUGUGGGAGAGCCAAGCCAGAGGGGACUGUGUCUGCUGGCCCGCCUCUGCCCAGCCUCUUGGGCCUCCGGUUUCUUCAACCUGCUUCUCUGUGACAGGCUCCACACCUGGUGGUGGGGACACAGCAGUGAGAAAGACACUCCUCCAACAGGAUCCCUGCUCCGCGUUGCUCAGCAAGAAGCGGAAUAGUUAAGGUUCAGACUUUGGUUCUGCAUCUCAACUUCUCUGUGCCACAGUUACCUCAUCUGUGCAAUGGGAUGACAGUAUUACCACUUCAUACGUCCUUCUAGGGAUUAAAUAAAAUGGUGUGAUUAUG